AUGCCAGUGUCACUCCGGCGAAAUGUGAGGUUAGGGAGUUGCAGCUGGUGAAAAGGGUGAAAAGCUUGUGAAAAGCACUCUAAUUUUACUUGCUUUGCAAUGCCAGUUUACGAGUUAUUUAUGAUCCUCCGGCAGAUGUCCAGACCGGACGUCGUGUCAUGUAUGAAGAGAGCCUCUGAGAUGAUCUUGGACAGAGGCGGUGUGAUCCGUUCGAUAAACAAUAUGGGCACGAUGGAACUGCCGUACAAGAUGAGCAGCCAAGGAAUUGUGCAUCGCACAGGAACUCAUUUCUUGGUGGAGUUCAGUCUGCCGCCCAGUCAGAUUGAGGAUAUCAAUGAGGAGUUCAGCAGAGACGUGGACAUCAUCCGGAGAGGCUUCUACAAGACAGAGGACGACCUUAAGAAGACAAAAGUAAAAGCCUGCACUCUCCACGAGGAACUUCUGCCACCCGCCUAUCGGAAGGAAGUCCAGGAGAUGAUCGCCAUCGGCAAGCGGAAGCAGAAACCCAAGUUCAAGUACAACUCCGGCCUGGAUUACUAUCCGUUCGCCAAGUAGAUUAAUAUUCUCUGUAGUCAUUUU